CUCCAUCACUCUUUUACUUCCGGCGAUCUCUCUCCGACGGCCAAUGGACGCCGUCCUAUACUCUGUUCCAGUCUCCUUCACGCGCCUACGCGCAUCAUCCUCUCCUUCCUCUCCGUAUCUUGUUCCGCCGAGGUUUCUCUCCGUUCAGCCAUGUCACAAAUUCACCUUCUCUCGAAGCUUCCCUUCCAAAUCCAGGAUUCCUACAGCUUCUUCCGCCGCCGGUUCCACGUUGAUGAAGAAUUCCUCUUCUCCAAGAAGUGGAGUGUACACUGUUGGUGAGUUCAUGACAAAGAAGGAUGACUUGCACGUGGUGAAACCUACGACUACUGUGGAUGAAGCUCUGGAACUACUUGUGGAGAAUAGAAUUACAGGAUUUCCUGUGAUAGAUGACGACUGGAAAUUGGUUGGGCUUGUUUCAGAUUAUGACUUGUUGGCUUUGGACUCCAUAUCUGGUAGUGGAAGAACAGAGAAUUCCAUGUUCCCUGAGGUUGACAGCACUUGGAAAACUUUCAAUGCAGUGCAAAAGCUACUCAGCAAAACCAAUGGGAAGCUUGUUGGAGAUUUAAUGACACCAGCUCCACUAGUUGUUGAGGAAAAAACCAAUCUCGAAGAUGCUGCUAAAAUAUUGCUUGAGACAAAAUAUCGCCGGCUCCCUGUGGUAGAUUCUGAUGGCAAAUUGGUCGGUAUUAUCACAAGAGGAAACGUGGUUAGAGCCGCGCUUCAAAUAAAGCGCUCUGGAGAUAGGAAUACUUGAUUAAGAUAUAUAUACCAAACAAGGAAAUAGCUUUGUAGAGGAAAGCAAUGAUCAAACAUUCUCCAGAGAAUAAAAGUGAGAAACCGCGACAAUUGUAUCAUGUAUUAGUAGAAUAAGAGCCAUAACUUAUA